UCAAGAGAGCACAAGUUAACCUUCAUCUCUUCCGAUAUGCCGAAUUCAAGCAGCUCCACAUCUUCCACAAAGAGCGUCCGGAGAGCUGCGUCUGAACUCGAGCGCUCCGAUUCCAUUACGGUUUACAUAGACUGCAUUGAAGUUCUUAUGCGCUUUUGGAGAUGUAAAACACCUCCAUCUGAUGUCCAGAAGUCGCAGAAGUUUGUGGGAAGGCGGCAGAGUUUGAUCGAGGAUGCGCGGAAGGAGCGCGAGGCGGCGGCCGCGGCGGCGGAGGCUGCGGGACUCAGCGAGCAGAUCGUGUUUGAGUGCAGCGAUUCCCCUGGGCAGUUCCUACAGUUUGCGCUCGAGGGUAAGGCAUGGAAGUACAGGGUCCUCCCCUUCUGGCUGUCCCUGUCCCCCCGUGUCUUUACGAAGGUCACGGAGGGCGCCCUUGCCCCGCUACGGAAAGUGGGCAUCGGGAUCCUCAACUAUCUCGAGCAUGGCCUGUGUGCGAGAACAGUUGUGGGAUCACAGGGACCUAGUGCUCCGGCACUCUGCCAGUUGGGGCUCCGGGUCAACUGGGAAAGGAGCAAUCUCUCCCUUGCGCAGAUAAUCUCUUUUUCCAGUAUGGAGUUAGACUCGGUGAGUAUGGUGGCGCGUCUCGCCAACGAGCAUGCCCAGUCCGUGCUGAACUGCCUGAGUUCCCUUAGAGGCAGGACAGUGGGAUUUACUGACCCCGUUUACAGAAAACGACGGAAGAUGAUUGGAGACAUUGCCUUCAAAUACAAACAAGGAGAACCGAUUCCCAGAGUGGAGUAUAUGGAAGAGGAGAUCGAAACAUGGCGUGAGGUUUACUCCACCCUCAGAGAUCUGUACACCACCCAUGCCUGUAGUGAACAUUUAGAGGCUUUCCACUUACUGGAGAAACACUGUGGCUACAGUCCUGAUAACAUCCCUCAGCUGGAGGAUGUGUCCCGCUUCUUAAAAGAGCGCACAGGUUUUCAGCUGCGUCCGGUGGCAGGUCUGCUCUCCGCUCGGGAUUUUCUGGCCAGUCUGGCGUUCCGUGUGUUCCAGUGCACACAAUACAUACGGCAUUCUUCCUCCCCCAUGCACUCGCCCGAACCGGAUUGUGUCCAUGAACUUCUCGGACAUGUACCGAUAUUGGCUGACAGAACAUUUGCACAGUUUUCUCAGAACAUUGGUCUGGCCUCUCUUGGAGCUUCUGAUGAAGAUAUUGAGAAACUGUCAACACUGUACUGGUUCACGGUGGAGUUUGGACUGUGCAAGCAGGGAGGGGCGGUCAAAGCGUACGGAGCAGGACUGCUCUCAUCUUAUGGCGAGCUGGUGCAUUCUCUCUCAGAUGAGCCAGAUCGACGAGAAUUUGACCCGGACACUGUAGCUGUUCAGCCGUACCAGGAUCAGACUUACCAGCCCGUCUAUUUUGUGUCUGAGAGCUUUUCAGAUGCUACAGAGAAACUGAGAGCAUAUGUGACCCGCAUCAUGAGACCAUUUUCGGUGCGGUUUGACCCGUACACAGCCAGCAUAGAAGUGCUGGACAACCCACUGAAGAUCCAGCAGGGGCUGGAGACCAUUAAAGACGAACUGAAGAUUCUCACAGAUGCCCUGAAUGUGUUGGCUUGAUUCUGCCGCGAGGAGCCAAUCAGCAGUCCCAUUCCUCUCUGCUUCAUAUGUGACAGUCUCAUCGAUAUGCUGUGUGUCUAUGUCCACAUCUGCUGCUACAGACAUUGUUGCUUUUAAAACGCUGAGUGCCAACCUCAAAACCUCACGUCGGAAGUUGAUUCCAGAAACCUUAAAAGGACUGUUCCCCCCAAAAUGAAAAUCAUGUUAUCAUUUAUAUCAUUAUCUAUGUUGUUUCAAACCUAAAUGACUUCCCAUUGGAAGUCAUAUAUUGGAAGUCAAUGGUAACCAAAACUGCUUGGUUACCAAUAUUCUUCAAAAUAUCUUUCGUCAUGUUCCACGGAUGAAAGAAAGUCUUUGGUAAAAAUAAUAAAUGUUGGAAACCAAACAGUUGCGGUUACCAUUGACUUUCAUUGUAUAGACAAAAAAUAUGGUGAAAGUCAAUGUAAGCCGAAACUGUUUGGUUUCCAACAUUUUUCUAAAUAUAUUCUUGAUAGAUAUUUUAAAUGCUGGUAACCAAACAAUUCCGGUUCACAUGCAUUGACUUGAAACGGUUUAGUUGCCAAAGUUCUUCAAAAUUUAUACCAAGAAAAUAUUUUAAAUGUUGGUAACCAAACAGUUUUUAUUCUCACUGAUUUCCACCAAAUGGAA